CCAGCGAGCCCACUGAGCCUCCCUCCUCGCUGCCGCGGCGCGUUGCCCCACACGCACAACGCACAACACCACCGCAGCGAGAAGCAACCUCCUUUCCCUUCCCCUCCUCUCCAUUCUUGCGCGGCCGGCCGGCCGGGGCGCCCCAGCCCGGCCCCCUCGAGGCCUUGAUGACUACUGCGCCCAACAUCGAGAUGAUCGCCUCCUCGCUGCGCCACUGCUCCCUCAACGGCGGCGGGGGCGGGCGGCGCCGGGGAGGCAGCGGCAGGAGGCGAAGCGAGGGCGGCGACGACAGCGAGGGCGUCACCGUCGAGCUCAACUCCGAUGUCGCGCUGCCCUACCACUGGGAGCAGUGCCUCGACCUCCGGACGGGGCAAGUGUACUACAUCAACUGGGAGGACGGCACCCGCACGACCGUCGACCCGCGCACGUCGGCCUUCUCCCUCGCGCCGACGCCGCGCUUCACGUCAUCGGCCUCCCGUCGCUCGCGCCGCGACUCCACCCCGUCGUCCGGCUACACCUCCGUGUCGUCCGUGGACGUCGCGGAGUGGCCACACGCCGGCGCUGCUGCCGACAUCGACAGCGGUUACGACAACGACAACGAGGACGACGACGGCGACGAGGAGGAGGAUGAGGCCGAAAGCAGCAGCACCACGAGCAGCAGUUCGAGCAGCACCGGAAGCAGCCGGGGCUCCGCCGUCUCGUCCAUGCUUUCGUCCUUCUCGCCGACGGACGAGUCCGCCUCUGGCGACAACGGCAGAGCCUUCCGCACUGUAGACAACAACAGCGCCGGGCACGUUCUCGUGGCGGCCGGGUGCCGCGCGUGCUUCAUGUACUUCAUGGUGCCCAAGCUCGCCGACGUGUGCCCCAAGUGCGGCAGCUCCGGCCUCCUCCACCUCAGCCGCAAUGGCUACGCCUGAGCUGUCUCCGUGAUUCAGUAGUUAUAGGGGGACCUCUUAUCAAUUGUGCAAGCUCUGCCAUGGAGCCAAUGGCUGCUAGGUGCCAGUAGAACUUCUAUAAAACUAGUUUUUCUUGCAAAGAGGUCCCCAAAUCUUGCUGCCAUUGAUUCCUGCCACAUUGUAUGCCAAUUGCCAAUGUAUGGGGAUAAGAACCAUUUUCUUUUUCUUUCA